AAGAGUGAUGAUGGGAUGGAUGUGAAUAUGGGCCAGUGGGGCUACAUAGGCAUGCGUGCCCCUCUCGUCUGCCUGGCCCUGUUGCUGCUACUCUCCCAGCCGCACCACUGCUGCUGCCAGGACUCUCAGGGGCAUCCCCAGGGCCCCGCCAACGGCCCUCACUUUCUCUUCACUCAGCCCGUCUACCAUGCCACCGUCUACGAGAACUCCGCGGCGCGCACCUACGCCAACAGUAAAGUUAAAAUGGGCAUCCACUUGGACCAGCGCUCCUGGGAAAUCCGCUACAGGAUCACCUCUGGGGAUGAAGAAGGCUUCUUUAAAGCAGAGGAGUACGUGCUGGGAGAUUUCUGCUUCUUACGCAUAAGGACUAAAGGUGGCAACGCAGCCAUCUUGAAUCGAGAAAUCCAGGAUAGCUACUUACUGACAGUGAAAGCCUCUGUCAAAGGGGAGGUUCUGGAGACCUGGACCAAAGUGACGGUCCAGGUCCUGGACAUGAAUGACCUUCGACCUUUAUUCUCGCCCACCACAUACUCAGUCACCAUAGCAGAAAGUACCCCCCUCAGGACUAGCAUAGCACAAGUUACAGCCACUGACGCUGACGUCGGCUCCAACGGGGAAUUUUACUACUUCUUUAAGGAGAAAAUGGAGCUGUUCGCCGUGCACCCAACUAGCGGUGUGGUCUCCCUCAGUGGGAAACUGAACAUUGAGGAGCAGAACCGAUACGACCUAGAAAUCCAGGCAGUGGACCGCGGGAUGAAGUUGUAUGGCAAUAACGGUGUGAGCAGUACGGCCAAGCUCUUUAUGCAUGUAGAGCGUGUCAACGAGCAUGUGCCAGUCAUGAAUGUGGUCACCCAUGUCCCCUCGUGGUUGGACAAGGACCCUGUGUAUGCAGUGGUCACUGUGGAAGACCUGGACAAGGGGUUAAAUGGAGAGAUUGAGUCUUUGUCUAUAGUGGCCGGAGACCCUGUGAAGCAGUUUACUCUGGAAAGGUCAGAGGGCGAUGAGUUCGCUAUCAAAGCAUCUGACCAAGUGGACUGGGAUAACUUCCCUUAUGGAUAUAACCUCACACUUCAGGCCAAGGACAAGGGUGUCCCACAAAAGUUUUCUGCGGUCAGGGUUGUGCACAUCAUGGUGAAGAAACCACAGGCUGUGGAAGUGAAAUUCAAACAGGAGUCGUACGAAAUUAGUCUCUUUGAAAUCUCACCCCCAGGCAUGAUCGUAGAGGUGGUGAAAAUCACCCCUGAACCAGACGAUGCUGAAUAUAUCCUGACCCCCUCGGCAGACUCCUACUACUUCCGGAUGAACACCUUAACAGGCGUGAUCUCAACAACUCGCUGGUUCACGGAGGUCACCCAGGACGUGUUUGACCUCGAGGUGGUGGAGAUGGACAGCGAGCUGAGGGUCAAAGUUCGGGUCUCCAUCGAGGAUGCCAACGACAACACCCCAACUUUCACUCAGUCUUCGUACGAGGUGUUUGUCAACGAGAGCGUUCCCAUGGGAUCGACCAUUCUGACGGUGUCCGCUGUGGAUGGUGAUAGUGGGGAGAAUGGAUACAUAACAUACAGCAUAGCCAGCCUUCAGCCCCUGCCCUUCAAAAUCAACCAGUUCUCUGGAAUCCUCACCACCACACAGGAGCUGGACUUUGAGUCCUCGUCUGAGAGCUAUGUUUUUGUGGUCAGGGCCUCUGACUGGGGUUCCCCCUACAGACGAGAGAGUGAAGUCAACGUAACUGUCCAUCUGGAGAAUGUGAACGACAACCAACCCUUAUUUGAGAAAGUGGCGUGCCAGGGAGUGGUAUCUCGGGACUUCCCCACCGACGAGGUGAUAACCACCAUGUCUGCCAUUGACAUAGAUGAGCUAGAGCUGGUGAAGUACAAGAUCCUGGAAGGGAAUGAGAGGGGAUUCUUCGACCUGAACCCUGACUCAGGGGUCCUGACCCUACGGAGGUCCCUCUCCACUGCCAGUCCUAAAAAUGGUAUCUUCAGUUUGAAAAUAACCGCCACAGAUGGAGAGAACUUCUCCGAUCCAAUGUUCGUGAACAUCUCUAUUGUUCAUGGGAAAUCUCCGCCCAAGAACUUCAACUGUAGGGAGACCAGAGUCGCCCAAAAGCUAGCUGAGAAAUUACUAAAUAAGUCCAAAGCUAGAACCAAGCCCAAGAUCGAGGAAGGAUUCAUUGACCUUUUCUCCGUCAACAGACAGACACCUCAGUUUGACAAGGCCUUUCCCGCAGACAUAUCAGUAUGCGAGGACCUCAAGGUUGGGUCCAGUGUCUUCAAGGUCAACGCCUACGACGGCGACACAGGUUUUAACGGUCAGAUUUUGUACGCCAUCUCAGAUGGAAACACAGACAGCUGUUUCACCAUCGACAUGGAGAGUGGGCUGAUCAGUGUCUUCCUGCCCAUGGACAGAGAGAAAAGAGACAGAUACCUCCUCAACAUCACUAUCUACGACCUGGGCCUGCCACAGAAAACCGCUUGGCGUCUGCUCACCGUCUACAUUGAAGAUGCCAAUGACAAUACACCUCAAUUCCUGCAGGAGGGAGGCUAUAGAACCGUCAUUCCCGAAAACAUGGCCAUCGGCACCGAUGUCAUUCAGGUUGAAGCCACUGACAAAGACCUGGGGCCUAAUGGAGAAAUUGUCUACUCUGUCCUGACCAGCACCACCCAGUUCGGCAUCAACAGCUCUAACGGGAUUGUGUAUGUUGCCGGCCAGCUGGACAGGGAGUUUGUCUCCAACUUCAACUUGAAGAUCGAGGCUCGUGACCGUGCAGAGAAAGGGAACCAGAAGUUUUCAGUCACCACUCUGAAGAUCUCUCUAGAGGACGUUAAUGACUGCCCCCCUGCAUUCAUCCCCAGUGUCUACAACACCCGGGCUCUGGAGGACCUGCCAGUGGGAACCGUGGUGGCCUGGCUUGAGACUCAGGACCCAGACCUUGGCCUGGGUGGCCAGGUUAGAUACUCCCUGGCCAACGACUACAACGGGAAGUUUGAGGUGGACAAGGCCAGCGGGGCCAUCCGACUGACCAAGGAACUGGACUACGAGACGCAACAGUUCUACAACCUCACGGUGAGAGCCAAGGAUAAAGGGAGACCUGUCUCUCUGCUGUCUGUCACCUUCGUGGAACUAGAGGUGGUAGAUGUAAACGAGAACCUUUACACUCCUUACUUCUCCCACUUCGCCCUCAUGGGAUCGGUGAAGGAGAGCGCCCGCAUCGGGACCACCGUCCUCCAAGUCACGGCCCGGGAUGACGACAAUGGUAGAGAUGGGGCAAUCCAGUACUCUAUCCGGGAUGGGAGUGGACUGGGACGAUUCGCCAUCGACGAAGAGACGGUCUUCUUCAGGGCGUCAGAGGACCUGAGAACAGCGUGGCGGAGGAGAGUGCUGAAGGUGGAGAGUGAUGGCUCUUGA